AUGGAUGGGGAUUCAUUUAGGGAUUUGAUGGGCUGCGAGUGUGAUGGUUUGAUUCACGGGCAAAACGGCUCGGAAACAGGAAGAGAAGUAGCGGCGUCGGGAGAUGCUGGGCCGGCGAGGUCGAAGAACAAGCCGAAGCCUCUGGUGGUGAUAACCAAGGAAAGCCCCAACUCCCUCCGGAGCCACAUCCUCGAGGUCGGCUCCGGCAGCGACAUCGCCGAGAGCGUGGCCGGGUUCGCGCAGCGACGGCACCGCGAGGUGUCGAUCCUGAGUGGGAACGGCGUCGUAACGAAUGUCACUCUCGGCCAGCCGGCGGCUGCCGGCGGGGUCAUCGCCCUCCAUGGGAGCUUCGAGAUCUUGUCGCUGUCGGGCUAG